AUGUCCGAUAUUAGAAGGAGACGUCAAUUGCCCAUAAAUAUAUCCCGUAAAAGAAUUCCAAAGACAUCGUCUGCUGGUACAAGCUCGCUAUCAACUGCUGGCAUACACAAAAAUGAUACUCAAUUCACCGUACCGAAGUAUGUGAACUAUUCUUCACUAAUAUCCAGAAAAAGACAGAAAGAAUUGGGCUCUUUAGCACCUUCAUUGAUAGUAGAGUCUUCUUCUAUAAACAGUACUCCGGAAUUUAUACUACUCUGCAAAUUGUUUGUACCUCGAACCAGUUAUCUUAGGAUCACAGAGAGUAGACUUAUGCAGAAGCUACCAAAUCUUAUAUACAGUACCACUGGAGUUUCUGGGUCGACCAGUACCAGUGAUAGUUCCAAGUAUACGCUUGCAAACUACCAAUUACAUCUUUUAAUGGCCACCAUUACUUCCAAGUAUAUCGAUUCUUGGUAUUCUAGCAAGUUAAACACAGAUAACUUCGAAUUUAUAGAAAUUAUUUACAAGCAUUUGUGCCAUGUAGUGCGGCAGCUCGUCAAUAGGUUGAGGAAGAGAGUGUUUGCAACCGUUAAUUCAUCGAUGGAUUUCUUGAAUGAGUUCAUUGAGAUUCUCAAUAAUCAUCUUGAGGAAACCUUGACCAGAAAAUGGGAAGAUGUAACUAACGAUAGUGUUGUUUAUGACGAUGACUAUGAAGACAAAAUACGAUCCUACCUAAGCAGGCGGAAUGUAAUAUUUUCAGAACGAAAAAACAGGAAAGGUGAUGAUGAGGUAGUUGAACUAGCCGAUCAGUCAUUUUUCGAUAGACAGAGCAAUUACGAACCUCUGAGCGAAAUUGUCUAUCUUAGGGUACUAAGUAGUAAAAUUGUAGGAUUAUUGUUUGAAGAAGGAGAACGAGAGACAGAAGAGGAAAAUGAAGAAGAAGUAGACGAAGAAGAAGAGGAGAUCGACGAGGAAGAAGAGCAAGGUGGUGAUAUACAGGCUAUGUCACCAAUUGGAGAAGGCUUACUUAUAUCAAUUUUGGGGGACUUGGUGUUUGUCAAAGUACUAGAGAGCUUCUCUAACCCAAAUUUUUUAUUGGGCAUUGUGAACACAGUAGUAGAUAAGUUUGGUGAUGAGGGAAACGAGAACGAAGCAAAGAAGCAUGGAGCUAAGGGAGCUGGGCUAAAAAGUGGUGCAGCCCUGAUUGGGUUUAUUGGCCAUUUACUGAAUUUCAGUUCUGCCGCGUAUAAUAUUGUAGAAAGUUUUCUCGACAACAUUCAAAUAUACACGAAUAGAAAUGAGGCCAAGAGUACCAAGGAGCAAACCAUGGAUGAAAAUAUCCUCAACUCUUCAAUAUUCCGGUUAAUUGACAUGGUUACCCAGUUUUCUGAUCGAAAACCGAUACUCACCGGCUUUUUGAAAUAUUUCCGAUCUUUGAUUUUAAGCAAUUCGUAUAUUUCAUGCAGAGUUGAUUUGAAGUUGAAAAGUAUCAUAUGGGACAAUACCUCCAUGGCAGAUGAUUCCUUAGCCGAGAUCAUCGCAAAGUUGAGAAUGAGUUUAUUUGGAGAAAAGGAUAAGGAUAAGGAUAAGGAAAAGGAGAAAGAAAUAGGUAAUAGCACUGAUGAGAAUAGUAGUACGAGUGAAGAUCUUACAGUUGAAGCAUUGGCUGCGAAGAUUUCAACGGUUUUGACGAAAAAAACCCCACAAAGUGCAUUAACGCCGGGCUUCACAUAUUUGCAAGAUGGCCAACAAAAUGACAUCUUAAGAUUACUUGGUGUCUUCAAAGAGAAUCAGGACCUAAACAAAUUGCUAAUAAUUCAGUGGGUCGACUUGAUCAUGGCAAAAACUUUCCCGGAGUUGACUGAAUAA